CCAAGCCGGUCCGGGUUGGAUGCAUAUUCGGGAUUCGCUGCUAUCUGGAGCAACGCAUCGCAGGCCAUGUUGUUCGUUUAAGGCAGCUCGAUGAAACAAAGGAACACAUUCACGAGGAACCAGGAAGGCUCAAAUCUACUGAUCUCUUAGAAGUGAUGCACUAUACUAAAAUCUACUCUCAUGUUGACUAACUCUGCCUGGAUUGAAUUUGAAAGCAUGCCAUUGACAUUGGAUUGUCCCAGACGUUUGAAUUCGCGUCAUAGCGAGACGACAUGACAAUUGAAUUUUAAAUAGUAUUCAUUCACUUCAAGUCAGAGGUCGAGGUGGACUAAAUUAGAUGUCUGUAAUUGCCAAAUUAUUGUUUAUAUCAUGACGUUUUCCUAAGAAGAUUUUACCAGUAAUCUUUGCCUUGAUUCAUGGCUCAUGCCACUGACAUGUGUUCCCAUGCGCGGUCGUUGUCAGUACAGCUGCUGAUGAGAAUGAGAUCAAAAGAUGUUGGUGCAAGAUGCAUUCAUGCGAGCAGUGUCCUGAGAAAGAAGAAACCUGGUCUGAAAAAUAAAUCACACAGCUCUCAGCAGUGGAUCAACAGGCACCUCACUGAUCCAUUUGUCAAGCAAGCAAGGGCUGACAACUACAGGGCUAGGAGUGCAUACAAGCUUUUGGAAAUAGACUCCCGGUACAGACUUAUGAAGUAUGGUCAGACUAUUAUUGAAUGUGGAGCAGCACCCGGCUCAUGGACACAAGUGGCUGUUGAAAAGACUAAUUCUGCUAUGCAAAACAAUGCCAAACCCAGGGGAACCGUCAUAGCUGUGGAUCUACUUCAUAUGCAACCUGUAGAGGGCGCUAUCAUCCUAGAUCAGCGUGACUUUACCGACCCUCUCAUCCAGGAGGAGAUACUGGGUCAUUUAGACAACAGACUUCCUGAUGCUGUCUUGAGUGACAUGGCUCCGAACGCUACCGGAAUCCACGCCAUGGACCACGAGCAAAUCGUCGCCCUCGCACGGACAGCGAUGGGCUUCGCGACAAAGGUUUUGUGCGAGAACGGUCACUUCCUGACAAAGUUGUGGGAUGGACAUGAGACGGGGCUCUUGAAAAGGGACCUUGCAGAUUGUUUCCGCUCAGUGAAGACAUUGAGGCCCGAAGCGAGUCGAAAGGAAUCUUCUGAGAUUUACCUAUUAGCGCGAGGUUUUAAGAGAUAUCUGGUUCAUCCUAAAAGCUGAUGUACAUUGUAUUUAAAGCACCUCUCCCACCUGAUUGUAUCUAUCUGGAGGGGAAACCCAGAAGAGGAACUCUCCAAAAACAUACAUCCUGUCCAGAAUUUGUUUUUUCUUUAUCAAC